UAUAUUACAGCAUAAUUAACCAUUACUGAUGUUAGUCAUUCUAAUCGGUCCUUGCAGCUCGCUCUAUAAGCAUCUCUUUCUGUGGGUGUCUCUGGCAGCAGGAGAGCCGCCUGUUCUCCAGCCCUGUUGAACUUGUGAAUCAAUUAUGCGUCAGCUCGCUCCUGAUUGGCUCAGCCGUUGACAUUACGAUGACAAAACGCUGGUGGGAUGGAGAAGAUGACAAGCACGCAGUCCAUUGAUGAAGUGCUGGGAGGACCAGACGAGGUGAAUUCUUGUUUAAAGUCGCUCGCUGGUGCCUGAGGUGAAGAUUUUGUUUCUUCUUGAGGAAGAAUGUACUGCAGGAGUGUGUGCUGUAACCGCUGGUCAUCUGAGGAGAGGUUAGAUGGGAAAACAGUCAUCAUCACCGGAGCCAACACUGGUAUUGGCAAAGAAACAGCCAGGGACCUGGCAAGAAGAGGAGCACGGAUUGUUAUGGCGUGCAGGGAUUUGGAACGGGCAGAGGAGGCACGGACGGAGAUUUUGGAAGACACAGGAAAUGAGAAUGUGGUCAUCAGGAAACUGGAUCUGUCUGACACAAAGUCCAUCAGAGCAUUUGCUGAACUCAUUAACAAAGAGGAGAAGCAAGUGAAUAUCCUGAUAAACAAUGCAGGCAUCAUGAUGUGUCCUUACUCCAAGACUGCUGACGGGUUCGAAAUGCAGUUAGGGGUCAAUCAUUUGGGUCACUUCCUGUUGACUUACUUGCUGUUGGACCUCAUCAAGCGUUCAACUCCCGCCCGCAUUGUCGUUGUGGCAUCAGUGGCCCACACUUGGACCGGGCUUCAACUGGAUGACAUCAACAGCGAGAGGAGUUAUGAUACCAUGAAGGCCUAUGGACAAAGCAAGCUGGCUAAUGUCCUCUUUGCACGUUCACUUGCCAAAAGGUUACAAGGUACAGGGGUGAGCGUGUUCUCCCUGCACCCGGGGGUGGUGCAGUCUGACUUGUGGAGGCACCAGCACCAGUGUAUCCAAGUGGCAGUGAAGAUCUUCAGGAUUUUCACCAAGACAACAGUGGAGGGGGCGCAGACCACCAUCUAUUGUGCUGUGGAGCCACACCUGGACAGCCAAAGUGGAAAUUACUUCAGUGACUGUGCUCCUGCAAGGUGCUCAAGGGCUGCCUCUGAUGAUGACUUGGCACAAAAACUGUGGGAGAUCAGCUGCAGCAUGCUUGGCAUCACCUGGCAGUGAAUAGUGGCAAAUUAAAUGUGCACUGAAGGACAUACUUUUAUAGGGGCAUUAAUGUUGCGGUAAAGAUGUAUUUUAUUACUUCAAGUACAGUACAGUCCAAAAGACACUGGAUCAUGAUGAUCAGGAGCUAGUUUGUGUUAGACAAUAUAGAAAUCCAAUACAAAUUAUUUACCCGCAUUUCAAACGGUUUGUUAGCAUUCACAGACAAACUAUUUUUAACUGAUACUUGAACUGACUUUUUACUGUGAGAACUGAUGUGGACAUUCUUUGUUUAUCAGUUUUGUAUUUUAAAUGCAGAUGUUAUCUUGUGCGCUUGUGAAGAUUUGAGCUUAUAAAAAUGUUAACUUGCAUAAUCUUGCUUUGGAUAGAAAUGAUCUGGUGUUUGAAAGUCUCUCUUGCAAGUUCUAGUGUGGCAGUAUGAUAGUCUGCAGCAUUGAUGUGAACAAUUUUACUCUAAACAGCCUCCAAAAACCCAUUUCAUAGCAACAUUUAAAUGAAAUACUGUACAUCAGAGCACACAUACAGUAUUGUGGUUGAUAAUUAAAGCACUUAGGUGAUGUUAAUGUGAAGUAGGUCCUGUUCUGCCUUUGUAGCACACACAAGUAUCAGAAUGUGCAUGUAUUGAUUAGUAAACCAUGAGACAUUGGUCUAAAAUCAUUACUGUAUAUAUUUUUUCAUUGAACUGUUUUAUUGAACGGCCUUGUAUUAUGCAAUAUGCAGUUUCAGAUACGCUCCUGGUGCCUGCGGGAGGAUGUGUCUGCACUGAGAUUCUAUGGUUAUCAACCAUAAUAUUUUUACAUUCAGAUUGUAAUCUUAAGGUUCCUUCAGCAAAGCCUCUGAAAGU